AUGCAGGCACAUAUAUAUAUAAGGGAUGAAGAAGGCCAUCAGGGGAAAUCAGGACGAAGAAGGAAAAAUCACAGAGGACUUAACAAGCACACUCUCAAUUUGGACUCAAGAGCCGACCGCAAUGGGGAACAGACGGCUAAUAACCUUGAUUGUGAUAUUAAUUGCAACCACAUCAACUACAGACAGCCAAACAACCUCAGCCUCAACAACAAUUUCCAGCUCAACAACAAGCUCAGCCCCAACAAGCUCAGCCUCAACAGCGACUUCAGGCUCAACAACAAGCUCAGCCUCAACAACUUCUGGCUCAACAACAAGCUCAGCCUCAACAACUUCCGGCUCAACAACAUCCCCAGCCUCAACAACUUCAGGCUCAACAACAAGCUCAGCCUCAACAACUUCAGGCUCAACAACAUCCCCAGCCUCAACAACUUCCGGCUCAACAACAUCCCCAGCCUCAACAACUUCAGGCUCAACAACUUCAGGCUCAACAACAUCCCCAGCCUCAACAACAUCCCCAGCCUCAACAACUUCCGGCUCAACAACAUCCCCAGCCUCAACAACUUCAGGCUCAACAACAAGCUCAGCCUCAACAACUUCAGGCUCAACAACAAGCUCAGCCUCAACAACUUCCGGCUCAACAACAUCCCCAGCCUCAACAACUUCAGGCUCAACAACAUCCCCAGCCUCAACAACUUCAGGCUCAACAACAUCCUCAGCCUCAACAACUUCCGGCUCAACAACAAGCUCAGCCUCAACAACUUCAGGCUCAACAACAUCCCCAGCCUCAACAACUUCCGGCUCAACAACAUCCCCAGCCUCAACAACAUCCCCAGCCUCAACAACUUCCGGCUCAACAACAUCCCCAGCCUCAACAACUUCCGGCUCAACAACAUCCCCAGCCUCAACAACUUCCGGCUCAACAACAUCCCCAGCCUCAACAACUUCCGGCUCAACAACAUCCCCAGCCUCAACAACUUCAGGCUCAUCAACUUCAGGCUCAACAACAUCCCCAGCCUCAACAACAUCCCCAGCCUCAACAACUUCAGGCUCAACAACAUCCCCAGCCUCAACAACUUCCGGCUCAACAACAUCCCCAGCCUCAACAACUUCAGGCUCAACAACAUCCCCAGCCUCAACAACUUCCGGCUCAACAACAUCCCCAGCCUCAACAACUUCAGGCUCAACAACUUCAGGCUCAACAACAUCGCCAGCCUCAACAACUUCAGGCUCAACAACUUCAGGCUCAACAACUUCAGGCUCAACAACAUCGCCAGCCUCAACAACUUCAGGCUCAACAACUUCAGGCUCAACAACAUCCCCAGCCUCAACAACUUCAGGCUCAACAACAUCCCCAGCCUCAACAACUUCCGGCUCAACAACAUCCCCAGCCUCAACAACUUCAGGCUCAACAACAUCCCCAGCCUCAACAACUUCCGGCUCAACAACAUCCUCAGCUUCAACAACUUCAGGCUCAACAACAUCCCCAGCCUCCACAACUUCCGGCUCAACAACAUCCCCAGCCUCAACAACUUCCGGCUCAACAACAUCCCCAGCCUCAACAACUUCAGGCUCAACAACAAGCUCAGCCCCAACAAGCUCAGCCUCAACAGCAGCUUCAGGUUCCACAACAUCCCCAGCCUCAACAGCAACUUCAGGCUCAACAACUUCAAUCUCAGUCCCAACAGCUCCCACUACAAUGACUACAGCACCCGAUACAACAACUGCAGCACCCGAUACAACAACUGCAGCACCCGAUACGACUGCAGCACCCAAUACAAUGACUGCAGCACCCGAUACGACUGCAGCACCCAAUACAAUGACUGCAGCACCCGAUACGACUGCAGCACCCAAUACAAUGACUGCAGCACCUGAUACAACUGCAGCACCUGAUACAACUGCAGCACCCGAUAUGACUGCAGCACCCGAUGCAACAACUGCAGCACCCGAUACAACUGCAGCACCUGAUACAACUGCAGCACCUGAUACAACUGCAGCACCCAAUACAAUGACUACAGC